ACAAAAUCGUUACCAAACACGCUCUUAAUCAAUCAAACUCUUUUAUUUGGAGUUUGGCCUCUGCUAUAAGUGUCAACCAUCUGUAUGUUCUUAUAUUUACUCAUUGUUAAUUGUUGAAACGGUAUGGAAUAUUCGUGUGAUUAACAAUUACUGCAUAAUGGUAAUUAGCCUCUACAGAAUAAUCUGAUUAUCUUCCUGAAACUUGUUAAGAUGAUCUAAUAUGCUCGAUUAAUUUCUUUGCCCAAUAAACUUCUGUUUUCUGAGUAGCAUAAGAAUAUUGUGACUGGGAAAACUGUCAAAUGGCUUGAUGACAUGAAGUCUAUGAACACAAGGUCUUAGACAUGAAGGUAGAUUUUUUUUUUUUCCAUGUUUACAAACCGUUAAUUAUCAACUCCAAGUGGCUCAUAUAGAAUGACAAUGUACUAUGUACUGUUGCAAAGAAAAUAUUGGUGAAAUAGCAAGAAAAGUGCUUGAGGAAUCCAUUACUGAUUUCCUUUGGUGCUAAAGAUGGACUUGGUAUGGUCUUUUUUUGACCCAUAUAACUCCUAUUCCAAUUAGGCGGCUCAUUCGGGCUCUGUAACUCCAACAAUGAGAAAUGAAUUGUACCAAAGUCUGCCAUCAGGUAUAAAGUCAGCUAUGUGCUUAUGGUGGCGGCAAGUGCAGAUUCAGGAAGAGCCUACAAUUCCAAUUAUUAAAGCUAAAAUGGAGAAGACACUGUCGUGGCCUGCUCCACCUGCAGCUAACACAAUCAAAGCACACUAUGGCUUUGCGAAACUGGGAGAAUGGGCAAAUAUGAGGUCCAGAGUAAACAAGAGACCCACUGGCAAGGGUGACUUCAUCAGAAUCAGCACUCUAUAUCACACUGAUAAGGAGAAAACUGACCGCUACAUUGUUGAACUGCUUUUCUGGCUUCACCAGCUGGUCUGCAAGAGCAGGGCAAUGAACAAUGGAGUUAACCGUUCACUUGAUUUGACGGUUUCUUCUCUAAGCAAUGAAGAGAUCAGAUUAUCUUCUCACAGUUCGUGUAGGGAUGUAAAUAAGAGGGAGCUGAUGCGAAGCACAAGUGAGACUCCGGAAUCUGAAACAGGAAAUCCCUAUUCAUGCUAUUACCAUCAACCGUGCACAGGUACUUGUGAUUCUCCCACCAAUACAAGUCCACGGGUUUCAGUUCUGAUUCUGAAAACAUUAUCAAUGAACCUCGGCAUAGACAUGAUGACUGCAUUGGAUGUAAUUGAUGGAAUUCACGCCCCUUGGAAUUUGCGAGAAAUCACCAUGAGAAAAGCGAUAACUACAGUUUGUACAAUAAUAAGUGUACAUCUACCUCUUUUAUACUGGGACUUGAAGUGAGAUGGCGGACAGUAAGACAUCAUUUGGAUAUGUAGCGGAUGCCAAAAUGAUAUAUCACAUUGCCUGUUCGUCUUCUGAUACGGUUAGAAGAGUAUGUACGGUCUUGCAAGACCAUGUGAACAUCCAUGUUGCAUCUGACCGUAAGUGAAUGUGUUGGAUUCAAAUAGUUAUGUACGACCGUCUGCCAUGCUUUGCUUUCACAGGUCGCCCGAUUUGGGACAGUGUACGAUCCAGGUCAACCGUUCAGGUGAUGAAUGUUAGGAUACUAAGGUAAUUACAAGUCUUGUUGUAAUCUAUGCCGUGAUCG